AUGGAGACCGACCGGCAUUGUGUAUGCUCCAAGCUGCCCCCGGGCUGGGUGCCUGCCGGGCCACUGCGGGCUAAAGGCCCGCAUUGUACCCCCAACUGUCCGGACGCGGUGCUCAGCGAGGACCCCCGCCAGCACCGGGGCCUUUCCGGGCCGCCGCCCCCCGGCACCCCGACCCCGGAACCACCGGACUCGCCGCCCGAGAUCCCGGGGCCCGGACCCCAGCAGAACCCGGACCCAGACCCAGUGCCACUGGACCUCCCGCCCACGGCCCUGAUGCCCGCGGCCCGGACCCCGCGCCCACCCCGCCGGCCUCGCCUGCCCCGCGCCCUCACCUGCGCGCGCCUCCCCGCGCGGACCCCGCGCGCACAGCUGCGCUCCCGGCGCCUGUCACCCGCGCGCGCCGCCGCCCCGCCCGCACCGACGGCCGCCAUCGCGACCCCGCGGCGGACGCGGACGCGCAUGCGCACGGCCGUGACCCCCCUGAGCUCCCGGGGAGCCCCCAGUGACCCCCUGAGCUCCCGGGGAGCCCCCAGUGACCCCCCUGAGCUCCCGGGGAGCCCCCAGUGA